AUGGGUGACAACAACCAAGCCACUUUCCAGGGCAAUGACCCUGCUUCCAAUGCCCCCGACGCUGCUGCCUACGACAAAGGCAAGGGCAAGGCCGUCGAAGACCCCAUGGACGUGAGCAUGGGCGAGGAAGAUGAAAGUGAGGAAAGUGAGGCGGAAGAGCCUGUGGCCGAAGACGACGAUGACGAUGAUAACGACAACCUCGAGCCUGUCUCCGCCGACAACAUCCUUAGCGGUGGAAGACGCACGCGCGGCAAGACCAUCGACUACCAGGAGGCUGCUGGAAAGAUCAAUCAGGAUGAGAUGGACGAGGAUGAAGAUGAUGACGAGGAAUACGAGCCUGCCGACAAGCAGUGA